UUAUUCACAACCACCCCAUACAUCCUCAUUUCUCUAUCCUAUCCUCUUAUCGUUCUGGCACAUUUCCCCUCCCAUUUCCCCCCUCAAAUCACUUCAUCAUGGGGUUUUCAACCCGUCUCCUCCGCAUCCCGCGGCCAGAGACCUUUCUCUAUGUUAUGAGUCUUCAGACUGGUGCUUCUUUGAUCACUUUAUCGUUACUGCUCAACAAAAUUAGCGGUCUCUAUGGCUUGCUCGCCCUCUUGACCGGUUACCAUCUCUCACCCGUACAACUGUCGAUGUACCUGUAUUCGCUCCUCGCCCUGGGUCUCGUCACAUAUCUCUUUCCGCACAUUCGCAAACAGUCGCCCUUGCAAUGCCUCGCGCUCGCCUGGCUCUACGUCCUCGAUAGCAUCACCAACGCAGCGUAUACUACUGCCUUUGGUGUCACAUGGUUCCUCGUUAUAUCUCAGCAUUACGACAAUGGAAGCGCCUCCGGACCGGGCGCAGAGACCAUCGCACAAACCGCCGGUUUCACCAGUCCAAAGUACGACUCCUCACACAAGAGCCAAGCCGACCACUAUGCAAGGAGACAGGAUGCUCUAGGCAACGCUGUGUCCCAGCCGGAGAGCUUCCAAAGCAUCGUCUUCAUCUGCCUGCUGUGGACUAUUCGCAUUUAUUUCGUCUUUGUAAUGCUGGCGUUCGCGCGACAGGCCCUCCGUCUCUACGUUGCUGUGCCGCGACACACCCAGCUACCCACCCACAGCCGCAACACCUCAAUUGCUAGCGUGGCCAGCGUCGCCGAUAUUGACCGGGAACCCUUCUCUGCGCACAGCCCCGAUGGCCAAGGCUGGCAGGGUAAGCUUGGACGAAUUAUGAUUAGUAUUGGCCGCAACUACUGGUUGGGCGAAGAUGAAGAGGGUGGCAAUUGGGUGAACACUCUCAACCGCAAUUUCCGCGCCCGCAACGCAGAACCUGAGCUUCCUGGUCCCCUCGAAAGAGAAAGGAGACGGCGGUCGGGUACCGGUCCUCCCCAACCAUCUCAGUCGACAGUUCAAGCGGCCGCCUUGCUGCAGCCGGUUCACGAACACGUACCGGGAGCGAAUGGAAAGAUGCAUGGGUGGAACGAUGGCCGGUAGCCUCUGACGCAGAGUAGCUGGCUAUUAUCCAGCAUUGCCGACCAGGUCGGGCGAUAGUUCUCACUCGUUGUGAAAACGUUGAGAGAUUUGCGCCUCCGCAGGAGUGAGAUCUGUCGAGCACUUGAUCCCGAUAGGUUCGCGCCCUUGUUCGAGGUACUACCACUCCUCCACUUUCUGCCAUCGACUUGUCAUACAUCUCUUUUUCAAAGCCCUGUUAUUUACUCUUACGAUCUACAUACUUUUCUUUACGAACCGGACAAGUGGGCAACGGCUGGAGUGAUGGACAUACCUGCCUCAAUUUCUACCCCUCCUUGUCCUCCAGGGAGGCGUUGGUGAC